AUGAAUGGAGGAACCAAGCGCAAGGCCGAAGACCAACUACCUCGUUCUACCCGUCCCGGCGGCCCGGUUUCUACACGGCCUGCAAACCAGCCUGUAGCUACAUCUGGGGUAUCCAAGACUGCUCCCAAGCCGACCCCUGCUCCCAAUCGCAAAGUAACCGAGGCCAAACCCGUCUCCAAAAACGGCACCGCCGGAGUCAAGAAAGCAGCUCCUGCCAAGUCUGCCUCGACCAAACCUGAUUCAGCUGCUCCUCCGUCCAAGGCCCCACCAAAAGGUUCCUAUGCCGACCUCAUGGCGCAAGCCAAAGCUCGACAGGAACAAGCCCCCACCUUAGUGGGUGUGAUCCGAAAUCAGGUCGCCCCUCGUGAGAAACAACCCCUCAGACAUCGCCUCCAAGAAGCCAAGGCUCGAGCGAAAAUGGAGAAAAAGGGAAAGAGAUUUGAGCCAUCCGGCCCUGAGCGCAAAUACGGGCACAAACGAUCUCCGGAACACCCCCACAAGCGAUCGCCCGAAGUUCCUUCUUACAAAGGUACUGCGAAGCCAACUCAGACCCCCGAGCCACCUGCCUACCGUGGAACUGCAGGCCUCCCCGGAAAGAAUGGCUCAAACGACCGUCGCCAGCACGGCAAGCGUCGCAUGGAUGAGUACUUGGGGACCGACGAAGAAGACGAAGGCCACUACGGUGGCUACGAUGAUUACUCUGAUGCCUCUUCUGACAUGGAGGCUGGCUUUGACGAUGUUGAGGAGGAGGAAGAUACCGCAUUGAAGAAUGCUCGCAAGGAGGAUGAGGAGGAACUGCGCAGGGAGAUGGCAGCUAAGAAGGAGAAGAUGGAGCGUCAGAAGCGCCUGGCCGCCCUUGCAUCUCGUAAGCGCUGA